UGGCGCGUCCCCGCGCAGGAGCCGCGGCCGCCCGUGCAGCCCCAGUCGCCCUUCGGCCCCUGCCACUACGAGAUGAAGCAGUUCCUGGAGUGCGCCACCAACCAGAGCGACCUCACGCUGUGCGAGGGCUUCAACGAGGCCCUCAAGCAGUGCAAGUUCAGCCACGCUUUGGAUGAGGAAGUGUGGGGGUGCAAGGAAGAGACUGGGAAGAGCAAAUAG